AUGGAGGAUCUGGUUCUUACCCACCAAUCAGUGGCCGUGGACGGACUACAGCCUCCUUUCCACGAUAUUGACGACACGGAUGGAGCAGGCUCGUCUUCUGGAGCAGAACCUACCAGCAUCGACAACUUCCGGAAAUCGGCCCAGAUCUUUCUCGGCAUCUACCGUCAGGAGGUCGAACAACGAGACACCGAGAUCUCUAAACUCAAAGCCGAGCUGACACGCGUCCGAGAGGUCCUCAAAGCAUUGAAGGAGAAACAAAGUGCUGCUGAGAUUGCAGAUAAUCAUGCAGUCAUUCUUGCACAACCUCAAGGGGCAGUGAACGUUCAGACAGGUACGCGAGAGCAACUUGAUGAUGACGAACGAACUGUUCACACGCUACAUGAUACAGAAGUGCACUCCCCGCCGUCUCCGCCUCCUUCUAGAUUUCUGGCCGACCUGACUCGAGAUGAAGCGAACGAUGUCGACAAGAAGGUCCAAGACAUUUGGGAUUCAUGCUUCCAGAUCGUGAAGCGUACAAUGGAGCAAGACCUCGGCGAUGAUAUUCUUACAGAGUGGAACGUCAUGUACUGGUUGGACUUGGAGGAGAGAAUCCCCAAUAUCACCGCAAUACCAAUUGAACCGUCGAACAACCCUUCUGCGAAACGAACACGGACAAUGCUCGUCAUGGCUCUGUUGGCAAAAUCCAUGAAAGAGCACAUCCUCAGCCCUACAUAUCUCUUCGAGGACGAGGACGAGUUACGACGGAUGCUUGCUACCAUGAAUGACACGGAGAGAAAAACACACUUGAGAAGAACUCUCCUUGCCCUCUGCGAAGAAGGUGGUCACAAGAACAUAAUCAAAGCAGCACGAGUGAAAGAGGCCGUUGAAGAAGCGGCAGAACCACUUCAGAACUUACUGUCUUCGGACAUUCUUCUUCAACUCAAAGCAGAUCUUGAGCAGGUGCUUACCGAAGCAGCAAAUGCCUGGGAGUCCUUGCAACGAUGCGAGAGCCAUUACGAAGUCACCACCACCGUCGCCCGUACGGGAUGGGAUUGGAGGUCAGUACAUUUCCUCCCCGGCGGGGAUGACAUGGAACUCGCCACGGUCGCUUCUGAAGCCUUUGAGACCGACGAGGCGGUAAUGGUUUUGUUUCCUCGGGUUUGCGCCAUUGACAGAUCCAAAAAGCCUUGGUUCACCCCGGCCUUCCCUGGUAUUGUGAUACAGAAGUCACAGUUGCAAGUACCCACUGCGGAAAGCUUGUCGGUUGUAUUGAACACCAAUGGCAGCCCUGAGAAGGAGCUUGAAGCAGUCGAGUCGCCGCCAGCCGUGACCAUUACUACUGUAGACAGCACUGAGAAGGGAGUGGUGGCAGAUCAGGCUGUUGACGACAGUUCGGAGAAUGAAGUGCUCAAAGACCAGUCCGCCGGCGAGAAAGUCACCGCGACUCGAGCUCUCGGCAUUCCAGAGAUAGAGGUCGCCGCAAAUAAAGCCGGCACCCAGAGACUGAUCACAGAGCAGGCUGCAGACAUGGAUUUGACCACGGGUGAAGUCCCGGACUACCUUGGAGAGGACGUCCCUGCAAACGAAUCCACAGUCGCAACGGACGAGCCGUCCAGAGCGGAUCAAGCAGCAAGUAUCACUGGAGAAAUAAUGGAGGAGCAGAAGGAUGUAUCUGUAUCUGGAGAGGGCGCGGCCGCCAGAGAGAGCGACGCUGGAACAGAUGACGAUGAAGAAGAAGAUGGUGAUGAUGAUGCUGACGAUGACGACGACGUGGAUGAUGACAUGGAAGAGAGUGAAAGCAUGAGCGGAAGCGGGACGGAAGAUGGAGACGAUGCAGAUACCGGCAGUGAAACAGGGAACGAGGACCAAGAGUUGUCUCCCCUGACUGCAAAGGAAGGACACAAAGGACAUGCUCAAUCCGCCGAAAAGGGAGACGACCAACCUGAAGGACCGCACCCGUCAGAGGCAAAAGUUGAAAUUGAAAGCGAACAGAGCAAGUGA